CCUGAGCUGAAACCAAGAGUCAGAUGCUUAACCAACUGAGCCGCCCAGGUGCCCCAGCAUCAAAUGUCUCAAAAGAGAGAACCUCACUUUUUGGAGGAUGUCAAAGUUGUGCCUUUGAGGCUGGUGAGCACUGGGCCCAGCCGAGCACCCGUCUCCCUGUGUUGUACCUCGCCUCAGGGUCGCCGUGAGCUAGGUUCCUCUGUACAGCCGUGUCCCGCCCAUAAGCGAAGCAGGGAUGAGAUGGGGCACCCCGUCUGGCUGCAGCCCUCAGGGGUUCGUGCGUUCAGCGGGCCAUCAGUAGGAAGGAGGGCGGCCAGAGGUCCCCCGCCUCCUGGUGGGACCACGCGUCGCCACCUAGGAAGCCGUCUCCCCAAAGGACUUUCCGUAACACAACCAUUAGAGACGGGCAGAUCCAGAUGUACGGCCGCUCGUGCUCUGCUCCCAGAACCGGCGGCGGGAAAGGGGGAAGCACUUCCUGGAGAGACGGCCGGUCCAGCGCCGGGGGCCUGUCUCUCACUGGAGCGCGUGCCUGGGAGUGUUGCCACGAAACGUCCCGGACCCGGUCUGUGUCAUCCGCGGGUGCGCCUGCUGCCUCAGUGCGUCUGGGAUGUGCCCGACUGGGCUGCUGCCAUCCGGGUCGCCGCCCUGGACUGCGCGGAGGAGGAGAACCACGAGGUGUGCCGAGCCUACGACGUCCACUUGUAUCCCACCUUCCGGUAUUUCAAGGCAUUUUCAAAGGAGUUUAUAACUGGAGAAAAUUUUAAAGGGCCCGACCGAGAGCUACAGACGGUGAGGCGGACGAUGAUCGACUUCCUGCAGAACCACACGGACGGACACAGGCCGCCUGCCUGCCCGCCUCUGGGCCCCGUCCGGCCCAGUGACAUCCUUUCACUCCUGGACAGCCGCGAUGGCCGUUACGUGGCCAUCCUGUUCGAGAGCAACAGCUCCUAUGUUGGACGGGAGGUGAUCCUAGACCUGCUUCCGUACGAGAACAUCGUGGUGAAGAGAGCGCUGGACACAGAUAAAGCCUUCCUGGAGAAACUUGGGGUCUCUUCCGUUCCGUCCUGUUACUUGAUUUACCCAAACGGGUCACGCGGAUUAAUUAACGUCGGAAAGCCUCUCCGGUCGUUCUUUUCCUCUUACUUGAAGUCGUUGCCAGAUGUGAGGAGAAAACUGCUUCCGGUGCCUGAAAGACCCAGCAAAGCAGAAACUCCAGAAAUCGUGGUUUGGAGAGAAUUUGACAGGUCAAAGCUGUACACGGCUGACCUAGAGUCAGGGCUACACUACUUGCUGAGGGUCGAGCUGGCCGCCCACAAGUCCCUGGCGGGGGCCGAGCUACAGACGCUCAAGGACUUCGUCACUGUCCUCGCCAAGCUGUUCCCCGGCCGGGCGCCAGUCAGGAAGCUGCUGGAGACGUUGCAGGAGUGGCUGGCCAGCCUUCCCCUGGACAGGAUCCCCUACAACGCCGUCCUCGACCUGGCCAACAACAAGAUGCGGAUUGCUGGAAUAUUCCUUAUUAAUCACAUAAAGUGGGUUGGAUGUCAAGGAAGCCGACCAGAGUUCAGGGGUUACACGUGUGCUCUCUGGAAACUGUUCCACACUUUGACCGUCCAAGCUGGGGCCCAUCCAAAAGCGCUGGAUGGCACAGGUUUCGAGGGGGACCCACAGGCAGUGCUGCAGAGCAUCAGGAGGUACGUUCGCACCUUCUUCGGCUGUAAGGAGUGCGCUGAGCACUUUGAGGAGAUGGCGAAAGACUCCAUGGGUUCCGUCAGAACCGCAGACCAGGCGAUCCUCUGGCUUUGGAAGAAACAUAACUUCGUAAACAACCGCCUGGCAGGCCAUCUGAGUGAGGACCCCAAGUUUCCGAAGGUUCCGUGGCCCAGCCCGGACCUCUGCCCAGCCUGCCAUGAGGAAGUUAAGGGCCUGCACAGCUGGAACGAGGGUCAGGUGCUCCUGUUUCUGAAGCAGCACUACGGCAGCGGCAACCUCGUGGACACGUACACCGAGGACCAGGGAGACGCCAGCGACGGAGGCGGCCCGCCCGGGGGCGGGGAGCGCGAGAGGGGCCACGCUUCCCCAGAGAAGCCUCGGGGGGACCAGCGUGCCGAGAGCGCCCGUCCACCCAGCGUGCUGCCUCCCAGACCCCGCCUGUCCGAGGGGUCACAGCUCGGCCUGGACGGGAGACUCCAGAGCGUGAGCUGGGCUGAGGGCCGCAGGGAGGCAGAGGCGGUCGUGCCCUUCCUCGGGAUGGGCUUCUCCAGCCUGGACAUGAGCCUCUGCGUCGUGCUGUACGUGGCCUCGUCCCUGUUUCUGAUGAUGAUGUAUUUCUUCUUCCGGGUGCGCUCCAAGCGAUGGAAGGUCAGGCAUCACCGCCCGUCCGUGUAGAACCGAGCGGGACCGCAGAAGCGCCUUGAGAAACAGCCCCACCGCGCCCCUGCAGCUUUAACGAUGACGAUCAGGGAUCUUAUAAACACAUCAGACCUGGUUUCAUACCAGAGGGCAUCUCGGGCCCCAAGUCCUCGUUUAACGAAUGGUUUUCCUGCCGAGGAUGAGCCGCUGUUUGUGGGGCUGACUGCUGUCCGGGGGUCCUCCCUGGACGCCUCUACAGAUCCGACCGCAAAAAGACAUCUGUAUUUUUACUCUUCUAGAUCUGAAAACACGAGUGGGCGUCCAGGCCAAACGAACAGAAUUCUUCCCGCCUGCCUUCACCCUGGGUUUCUAGACGCACGUUGCGUUCUGCACCCUGGCUUGGGGUUUGGAGCACAGCCAAGCCCUUCCCUGCACCGGGAGGCCACCGGGCAGUGUCUUGCCACCAGCCGCGGCCGGAGCAGAGAGGGAGCUCGGCCGCCAGCGCACCCCACCCCCCGCCGCCUCUCGAAGCCAGUCGGGUCCUCGGAGAUUCGCUUGUGUCUGCGCUUUUCAGCUGCUUGGUUGUUUCUGCUGAAGCCGCUCACAGCCAAAGGGACGACUUCUUCGUCACCCUCGUGCUCUGCAGGCACCUUUUGCUGCAGAUGCAGAGUCUGGAGAAAGCGGGAAGGGAAGAGGAGGGUUCGCGGUGUUGCUGCAUUGCAAGAAACACCCCCCCAGGCCGUGUGGAGCGGAGGCUGGGGACAGGAUGGUGGCAGAGGCAGGGCCUGUGUUAAUCUGGUGGCAGGACAGCAAACGGCCCGUCCCAUGGCGCCCAGGGCAGAGCCCCUGGGGGGGGGGGGGGGCGUGGGGGACACUCCUCCGGAGGGGAGUCCGCAGGGGAACGAGCCCCUCACCCUCUGUGUCACAUGGGGCGGCGCCUGCAGGAUCUGCCGGUGACCUGAGCGGGUAGGACCCGAGGGCCCGGCGAGACAGUGACGCCCGGUGGCCCCCGGGGGUGGCCUGUCCUGUCCUCAGCAUCUUUAAGGCCAAAUUUCAUCCCCCUGAAGCUGUUUUAUGAAGGGUCCUGGCACAGGGCCCCGGUGCCCCAGGUUUUGGUGAUUGACUUUUUUACCGUUUGAUAAUUUUAGCACAUUAUUCGUCAAACCCAAGUGAUUUAGAGGUAAGUUUGCCUCUGAAGACGUCAGCGGACAGAACGGACUGUGCCGUUCUCGUCGAGAUCCUUUGUGACUGUCGGUCUGUCCCACAAACUCAGAUGUGUCUGUGCUCUCGUGUCCGUGAGGCUCUAGUCUUUUCCACUCUGCCUAGUGUGUGCUCUGUGUUUACUGACCACAGUUGGCCACUGGCCUGUACUUGUUCGGGCACCGCAGGCUGGGGGCGGUGGGCUCUCACGGCCACGGCCUCGAGGCCGGUGGAGCUGGCCCCUCCCUGGGCAGCCAUCAGAGCUUUCUUUCUGUUUGACACUUUUUUAACCCCCAGAAGCCUGUGUGUUUCGUACGUGGUCGUGUGCUUGGGUUCCUGAGGACCCCGUAUUGUUUCCUUUCAUUUAAAAAAUCAGAUUUACACACGGAAUCCGAAGGGAAACACUUAGCACCGUUAACUAAACUGCCUUUUGGUUCACGUCAGAUGCUUUUUCCUGCCCCGAGUGAGUUUCCUCACGUGGUGUGAACCGGCACCAGGUGGCAGGACGCGACCACUGCCAGAAGCUCCACGAAACCCGUCGGAAAGGCAAGACUGGCUCUAGGGUCCCUCACAACAUCGCAGUCGAGGUCACCACCGUUUGAGGGACAAGUCUGAGGCUCCCCGAGGGGCCAGGCUUCCAGUAGUCCGCGGGCAGUCCGGGAGAGGUGGUUUGCAGAGACGGCCCCGGACGCGUGUCCCGCGGGCGCCUCGUGGCCUGCUCAGAACCGGGCGCUACGUUUAGGCAAGGUUUAAGGUCUGUUUUCUAAAGUUGUAAGUAUUGAGACUAAUGAAUUGACUAGUUCGGUAAUUUAAAUGGGUAUUUAUUUUUAAUGGAGGGAUUUUGAUUAAAAAGAAGCUAAUUGACAUGGAAAUGUCUGGAAUUUCUUACCUGCAAGGAAAGUGAACGUUUUGUAUUUAAGUGAACUAUACUGUGCACAUUUUUUCAAUAAAUAAAUCUGACGUUUGA